AACAAUUGUUUUCAAUUAAAAACAAUGUCGGUGCGAGAAACGUGAUAUAUCUGAUGGCAUGAACCUCAUUAGCCAACCAGCGAGGCAAAUGCAUUCAUAAUGCACAAAAGAGCAAGGCGAAAUAUUGAAAAGCGCAAUAAUGUUGGAUGCCUUAUAUAUUUGCAGAUGAUGAGGAUGAAGAACUAGAUUAUCUUGAAGACAUCGAGGAAGACUCCGUUGCCGAGUUCAGAUGCAUCUUGUAUGAGGCUGUGAAGAAAACCGUCCAAGCGGCUAAAAAGGCCAAAGAGGAAAAUGCCAGCCAUGAAAAGAUCUGGAAACUGGGAAAAAAGAAGACAGAUGCACUUCUGGAAAGAAUUAUAUUAUAUAAUUAAAUGAUAUAUGGAAUUCCAUAAGAUAGUAGGAACCAUCCUCAGAGUCAAGAAGUUGUACAAAGAGUUUGAGAAGAAUGUAGGUGAAAUUCCCAAAGUCCAGAGGAUGGCCAAAAGUCUUGUCAGGAGAAUCUAUCGACACCAUCUAUUCGUUAUGGUUGAAAUGCACAGGUUGUUGAAAAAGGAAGGUAUGGAUAAAGUGGCUGAACUGAAGGCUAUCAAAGAAUUCAAAGAAAAGCACGAGGCCAAGUAUGGCAAGGAAGAUGAAGAUGACGCUUUGGAAUUUUCCAAUUUUGCUGAACACGCCUUUGGUGGGACCGAGGACGAUGAUCUGCCCGAAGACGAAUCGGAUGCUCUCGGUGGUACCGAAUAAGAAAUGGCAACAAGUGGAUAGAAAUAGGGAAUGAGAAAGACGUUCAGAUAACAACAAUUGAAUAAUGAUACGGAAUGGAACAAUGGCAAGCCUCCAAAAAUUUUGUUUUAUUUUAGAUGCUAAAAUCUGUUAAUUCUUUUUUUUUCUACGAAAGCCUUUUUAUUUAGGAAAUGUGCAAACAUUUAGAUGGUUUUGAUUCUAUUGUAACCGAUGUUCUAAUAAAUGAAUUUUGCAUUA